ACCACUUUGAAUAAUCGUAAUUUCUAAAGUAUUCAUUUCUGCAGUUAACACCUCAGUUAACACCUCUGCAUUCGAUUCGUUUUUUACUAGUGGUUACACGUUCUCGACUUUCCUCUAUUCAUUUCAAAGGACACUUGAAAAUUCUCAUGUGAAGACAUAGCCUCUCAGCAACAUGUAUUUAAACCUUCAUCGCAGCAGUAAUCUAUUGCUCUGCUCUCUGCUUCUACUCGUGUGUGUGCGAACGUCAUAUCUUAUGAACUAUCCAAUUUAUCCUUGUACUUCAAACGAACCGACAAAAUGGGAUAGACACUCCGAAAACUGUAACAAGUUUUACUUCUGCUUUUUCGGUCAACCGAUCUUAACGUCAGCGUGUCCAUCUGAUCAUGUAUGGUCUAUAGGUAGUUCAGACUGUGUUCAGAUCAAUUCAUCUCUGAACGACUGUCAGCAAACACCAGUCAGGAAGAAUUUUUCAUGCUCAAAUUAUAACGGGCUCAUACCAUAUAAUGCCAACUGCAACUGGUAUUACAACUGCAGCUCAAACAAACCAGAUUUAAUCCGUCAAUGCCCUUUCCCUCAACUUUUCAAUGAUGUACAAUUAAAAUGUGAUGACAUCCCAAAUGUCAACUGUGGUAACCGUUUCGAACCUUUUGAUGGAUGUGAUUACUCUGGUUUCACUUGUAAGCGUUCUCACUGCAGACCUUGCAUAAGAGACACUACAUGUCUGGGCCUGCCUGAUGGAAAUUACACACGAGAAAGAAUGUUUCCUUCCGGAGCAUAUAUUACCUGCUAUUUCGAAAGACUCAUUGCUUACCAUUCAUGCUCAAGACCACCUUUAUUUUCACCUAGUGAAGAUAAGUGUGUUGAGUACCUCGAUCUUCGGAAAGAAGAAGGAGGAGUGAGACCCGACUGUACAUUUCGUGCUGAUGGAUACUACCCUGAUGAAAUAGGCCGCUGUGAUCACUACUUCCAGUGUAACAACACUAAAUUUCAAGGUUACACUCCAUGCAGUAGUGGAAUGACCUUCAAUCCUGUUUCAAAGACAUGCCAAUCACCAGAUCAAGUUUCUCCCCCAUGUGGAUCAGGUAAUCCACCAAGCUGUGUGGGGAGACAGGAUGGUUUAUAUGCUGACUUAGGUGGCAGUUGUACAUAUUAUUUUGUGUGCAACCAAUCUGCCUUCCAGGAAUUUCGUACUUGUUCUAUGAAGGAUGCUUUCAACCCUUAUCUGCGUAGGUGUGUAGAGGGAAUCGGAUCACAAAUCAAACCAUGCGGUAUUCAAGACAAUCCUUGUCAAAAUCGUUUGACUGGCUUUUAUCUUUAUAAUUCUUCAAGCUCCCAGUAUUAUGAAUGCCAUGAAGGAUUGUUUAUUUAUUUUGGAACAUGUCCAGAGGGUCAGACCUUCAACAUUUCAUCAAAACAAUGUGAGAAAGCAGAAAUGCAAGAUAUUUGUGUAAACAAAACUGAUGGACGCUACAAAUCACCAGAAGCAGAAUGCUUUGCCUUCUAUGAAUGCAGUCAACAGAAGUUCCUUGGGUUGACCCAGUGUACUAAUCAACUGAAUGGAACACGAUUCAAUUCCCUUACGGGAACAUGUGACCAGCCACAAAAUGUAUGUCCACCAUGCGGUUCCAAAUCAUUUGAUUGCCCUUCAUACUAUGAAAGCACUACUAGUGUCCCAUAAUCCAGAUGAACAAAGAAUAUAUAUUACCAAACAUUGGUACUACACUGAAAAAGAUAUCUUUUAUGACAGAUUCACUUUCAUGGUGGAAGUGAUAAAAGCCAUCACUUACUUUUGUGUUUUUGUUUUUCUCUCUUAAAUUUUUACCUUUUAUCCACUUUUUUUUUAAUUUUUGGGAAAUAUAUUUUGGCAUUUAACAUUUUUGGGAUCUUUUCUGUUUGGCAGUCACUUUCCAAUUUCUUCAAUUUUUGCUCCAAUUUGUUUCAUAUUUGGUAUAAUAAUGUAUGGUAACCAUUGACAUUUGUAUGGUAAUCAUUGUCAUGAAAUUCAUGUUUGCUAUAAAUCAGUAAAUAAAGAGUUAAUAACUUUUAAA